AUGAGGGCCAUACGUUACUACGGACCUGGAGACGUACGCCUUGACGAGAUACCCGAGCCUCGGGUCGGGGAUCGUCAGGUGAAGAUAAAGGCAUUCACUUUCUGCUUGAACGGCAUCUGCGGGUCCGAUCUGCACGCUUGGGAUGCCCUCCUUCCUGUCACCCCAACCCACACAGAACCCCAUGUCGUCACGGGCGAGACACUGCCCAUAGUCAUGGGUCAUGAGAUGUCCGGUACGAUCGUCGAGGUCGGCUCCCAGGUGAACACAUCCCGGUUGAAGGCUGGGGUGAAUGUGGUCGUAGAGCCAAUCCUAGCAUGCAGGAAAGCAGCGUGUUCACCUUGCCAGGAGGGUACGCGGAACGUUUGCCCUCAUAUUACAUUCAUUGGCUUGGGCGGUGGCGGUGGCGGUCUCUCGGAAUACAUCGCCGUUGACGAGGAUCUCGUCCAGGUUCUGCCGGAUGGAGUACCCUUGGAAUUUGGAGCCUUGAUGGAGCCUUUGGCUGUUUCCUGGCAUGCGGUCAAGAGAUCGGGUAUUAAAGCCGGAGACAAGGUGCUCAUUCUUGGUGGCGGUCCAGUGAGUCGGACUUUUGUUGUCGUUUUGAAGCUAUUUGGUGCGUCGUGGAUCGCACUAUCCGAGCCCGCCUUGAAAAGGCGCGAGCUGGCGACGUCCCAAGGCGCCGAUGUUGUUUACGACCCCACCUCUCCCGGUCUCGACGUAGUGGAGGCCGUGCGCGAAGCGACAGGAACCCGCCGGGGCGCUGACAUCGUUUUUGACUGCGCUGGCACCCAACGCACAUUGGACGCCGCGUUCCAGGCCGUUCGUCCGCGAGGAAGUGUGGUGAACGUGGCCAUAUGGGACCAUAAACCCCUGCUCGAUAUAGGUGCAAUCACCCUCAAGGAGAUCACUUUCACGGGCGUUAUUUCGUUCGAUCGCGUUCAUAACGACAUGUUGAAGGCUGUAGCGGAGGGAAAGUUCAACGGGAUUGAGAAUAUCAUCACGCGACGGAUCGGUUUGGAAGACUUCGUCGAGAAGGGUAUCAAGGCGUUGGUGAACGAGAAGGAUGAGCAAGGUGAGUCCUACAACGUCUCUUCUGGGAAGGGUUCGCCUACCGUACUCAUCGGGAUCCUCGACGAAACACUACAGUCAAGAUAUUGGUUUAUCCUGGUGCCGGGGGAUCUGCAUAGACCUGGAAUCUAA